UAAAACUGGAUGUUCCCUGUUCUGUGCUGUAGUUGAUGCAUCUAACCACCAGUGCGAGAGUGCACAUGAUAAAUGCCUUUUUGAAACUUGACAGAUGGGAUAAAGAAGUAUUUGAGAUAACGAAGUCAACGCCCUUGUUAUCAGCUUUAUCGAGGCACUAUCAGCGCCUGUAGCAUUUUAUUGUUCAGACUACUGAAGUGAACGAAUUGAAAGCGGAGGUAAUCUGCGCGUUAAAGGUUAAGCGGCAUUUUAAUUUUCCUUUCGUAAAGUAAUUUAAAUGGAUGCAGCGAAAAGUUGCCUCGGCUACGCCGUGCAGGAGGAGGGUGACCUGGCGAGCGGCGACUACGACGCGGUGGUGUUCGUCGCCAGCACGGAACUGGACAGCGAGGCGCAGCUGCGGCCCGUGAAGGCAGCCUUGGACAAGGCCGCGCAGCUUGAUUCUGCGAUCCAAGAGCACAUUUCGGUUCUCGAAGUCGGGCUGCCCGCUCGCCGGCUGGUCUACUCGCCGGUGGGGAAGCUGGUCAGGGACUACCACGAUGUGCGCUCGUUCGCGGAGGCUACCAGCUCUGGGGUUACCAGGGCGUUGGAAGCGGGGGCCAAAGCCCCACUGUUGGUUCUGCCUGAACACAAGUGGUUUCCCUCGUGUCAGUUGGCAUCACUGCUCGGAGCUUUGGAAGCUCUGUAUGUGCCCCUCCAGUUGAGGGAGGACGUGCCGGCGAAGAGCUCCAAGCUCUCGAAGCUGGGCGUGUGGACGCGGGGCAAAGACGGCGCGGAGAUCGUCAAGCUGGCGACGGCGCUGGAGUGUGGCAGGAAGGUGGCUCGCGACGUGGGCGCCAGCGACCCGGAGCGGAUGAGCCCCGCCAAGGUCCAGGAGUAUGUGGAGGAAGUGUUCCGAGGCUCGGACGUCAAGCUGGAGGUGGUCAUGGACGCGGGCCGGCUGCUGAAGGAGUACCCGCUGUUCUCGGCCGUGGACCGAGCCAGCCGGGCGGUGGAGCGCUACCAGGGCAGGAUCGUCUACCUGACGUACGAGCCGCGCGGCGCUGUGCGGGAGACGCUGUACCUGGUGGGCAAGGGCGUGACCUACGACAUGGGUGGCGCGGACAUCAAGAUCACCGGCAACAUGAUCGGCAUGUCGCGCGACAAGUGCGGGGCAGCGGCCGUGGCCGGAUUCAUGAAGGUGCUGUCGCUGCUCCGGCCGGAAGGCGUCAAGGUGGUGGGAGCCAUGCCCCUGGUCAGGAACAACAUCGGGGCGGAGUGCUACGUGGCGGACGAGAUCAUCACCGCCAGGAGCGGGAAGCGGGUCCGCGUAGUCAACACCGACGCCGAGGGCCGGAUGAUCCUCGCGGACGUCCUGUGCCACGCGAAGGAGAUGGCGGUGAGUGUGACGCAGCCCCACCUGGUGACCAUCGCGACCCUAACCGGCCACGCGGAGCGCUCCGUCGGGAAGGGCUACACGAUAGCGAUGGACAACGGGCCGGCGAGGCAGCUGAAGACGGCCCAGAAGCUGCAGGAACGCGGCGAGAGUCUGGGGGACAUGUUCGAGAUCAGCACCCUGCGGCGGGAGGACGUCAAGAACUACUCGGGCCACGGCAACGAGGGCGUUGACGUGCUGCAGCUGGACAACAAGUCGGCGACCAAGCUGUCGCGGGGCCAUCAGGGGGCGGGCACCUUCCUGGUCCUGGCGUCGGGGCUGGACGAGCACGGCCUGGACUCAGACCGGCCGCUGAAGUACACUCACCUCGACAUAGCUCCGUCCGCCACGACCUCGACCGACGAAGGCACUGGCUGCCCCAUCCUGGGACUGUACGCCCACUUCGUCCGGAAGCAGUAGCUGGCACGGCUUCCCUCGCCGUGUCCAUCCCUGGAGGUGGACCGCGCACGCCGGCUGCUGACCGGGGAAGUGUUGAGACUGAACGGCUUGUUUGCCGACAGAACUGUCGAAAAGCUGAUGCGACUCGCAAUAAACUCCCUUAACUCUGUGUAUGUCUGACUUAAAUUGCAAUAAGUGCUUGGUGUUUCAUUACUAGUAUGCCAUGCAUUAAAUCACUGCUUCACGUCGGCUAAAAAUGAAGGAGCGUUGGUUCCACAAUUUAUGGAUUUUGAAUUUUCUGCUGUGAUUGCAAUUUUGAAAUUUUUAUCCAAAUUAUGUGCUAAAAAAAGGUGCAAAUAAAUUCCCAAGUUUUUACACGUCAUUAAAAUCGGAUACAUAUG